AUGUCGUCACAUCGCGACCAAGAGAGGAAAGACGCCAUUGUCCACGGCCUCAUGUCCGAUCCCGACAAGCAAAUUGGUCUCUCCGAAGCGAUUACCAUUGUGGGAACCUGUCAAGAUAUGUGCCCAGAGAAUGAGAGGGUGCUGAGGACAGUGCGCAACGAAGUGUGGGCUGAAGAGAAGGACACAAACCAGGCCGCAGCCGGCUCUUCUACUGCAGAGCCAGACGAGGCUCGCAUGGUCAAGGCUUUCAGAAGGUCUGCUGCAGGCGAUGAAGUACAAUUGCCCUCCGAUCUACGCCCUCCAGCAGUGUUGAAGCGAACUUGCGACUAUCUUUUCAACGAGGUCAUUGGAAAUGCGCCUGCUCUAGAAAAGGUGCACCAUUUCGUCUGGGACAGGACUCGGGCGAUUCGAAACGACUUCUCUAUCCAACAGCUCACGAAGUUGGACGACGUGCGGAUCGCCAUUGACUGCUAUGAGCGGAUUGCGCGCUUCCACAUGAGUUCGCUUCACGAGCUAGCCGGUCCGACUAAGCCGUAUGCCAAAUACGAUCCUCAGCAAGAGAGGGAGCAAUUGGAUAGGACUUUGCUCUCCCUCAUGCAAUACUACGACGAUACCCGAGGACGUUUGGACCUGCAACAUGAGGCCGAGUUUCGUGCGUACUGCGUGAUACUCCAACUUCGCGACCCCACUCCAGACCUUGAAGACCGUGUUCAGAGUUGGCCGUCUUCUAUUGCAAUGCACUACCGCGUUCGAACUGCCGUUGAUGUAUACGCAGCAGCUUGCAGCACGAUCUGGCCAGAGGGACCCAUUGACAAAACACAGCAUGUCAUUGCUCGACAGGACUGGGACAAAUUCUGGAAACUCGUCGAGUCUCGAAAAGUGUCUUUUCUGCUGGCAUGCGUCGCAGAGACUCAUUUCAUGAUGAUUCGUGAAAUGGCUCUGAGUGCUAUAGUGCGAUCGGCGAGAGUUACGAAGAAGAAGGAUGGCGUGUCAGAACCGAACACCGAAUGGACUGUAGACGACCUGGAUCGAUUGUUCUUUUUCGACACCGAUGAAGACUUGGAGAACUUCUGCGCUCGUCAAAUCGGUUCUUGUGAACAACAAGAGACAUGGCAGAACGUUGCCUGCAAUCAUUGA